CUCCAUACCACAUCCUCGGGAUUGCCAGAAAUUAUAAUUCCCACUGAUGAUGUACGUCUUCCAAGUAACCAUAAAUCGAGACUAGUCCAGCCUGACAAAUACGAUGGAAGUGGAUGAGAGACUGCGAUUCCUUGAGACCAGAAUUACAUCAAGCCUAAGGCCUCGUAAUGAUGAUCUUAAAGCCCUCUUUGCCAGCGAUGAAAACCGCCAUUCUUUCCUGGAGUUCUGCAACAACGAAGAUGUUCGUCGUCUUUUCAUCUUCACCAAGGAGCCUAAGAACACCCUGGAGGCAUCGCUGUCGCCACCCACGGGGCUCCGCAGCAAAGCGAUGUUCUUCCUCAAGACCAAUCAAGCUUCUAAGCUCACAAAGGACAAUAUUAAGACUGAUGUGGUUUAUACAGACUGUGAUACAACGUCACUGACGCAGCUGGAUCUGCUAUCGAGAGAGGUGUACCUUCCCCUGCUUUGUACUGAUGGUCUGUUGACCUAUGGAGGGGUCAGCGCUGAUAAGCUAAUGGACAUCCUGCAUAGAAUGAUGGGUAAUGUCGAGGUCACCGAAGGCAAUGUUGAGGGUGAUAUAAUUCUACCGCUGCCCUCUAUUGAGGUGUUAGCAGAAGCCGCAGCGCUACCUACGCGCAGGACCGCUGUUAUUCACGUACUGGAGUCAUCCGUCAUUGGCUGGAUCAAACAGAUAAAGCUGCUUCUGAAACAUGAACCUCUUGGUGACCUCCGACAUCAGUAUGGCCCCCGACCUUUGCCCUUAAACGAGGUGGCCAUGUGGAAAGGUCGUCACAUGCAGUUAGUUUCAAUAAACACACAGCUAGACUCUCCUAUCGCUAGUGAUAUUCUGUUGAAUCUGGACGAGGCUAACAGUACUUACUCACAUUCAUUCCAUAACGUACGCAAGGACAUCUCCCAGUCCAUACGGAUGUAG